ACGAAAUAAACCGACCUUCGUGUUUGCCCAAUAUCCGAAGCAGCAGUUGCGGUUUCGAAGAACUUCUUCUGCAAAUCCAAGCUCGCGUCCCCGCAUGGCGGCGUUCCCCUUCUUCUUCUCCCCAAUCGCGGCUCUUCGAUUCGAACGCAUGCGGCCGUGAUCGGCUCAGCUUCGAUUCGAAUCGUUCGUCGGUCCCCUCGCUUUGACACAAAAUCCAGCAACCGGUCGAUCGAUUCUGGACGAUGGAAGAGGAGGAGGAAGGCAGGGUGAGGCAGCUGAUCGAGAAGGCGACCGACACGACCGCCCCGGAGGUCGACCCUCGCCUCCUCAAGGCCAUCAAGUCCGCCGUCCGGCACUCCGAUUCGGAGCUCCGGACCGCCGCGCGAACCCUCAUGUCCCUCAUGAAGCGGAACCACUCUCAGGUGCGGUACAUGUCGCUGCUUAUAAUUGAUGAGCUCUUUAUGCGAUCAAAGCUGUUCAGAACCCUUAUUGUUGAGAACUUGGAUCAGUUGUUGAGUUUCAGCAUGGGCUUCCGGAAGAAUAUGCCGCUGCCAGCACCUCAGGCAGUUGCAUCUCGUUUGCAUUCCAAGGCCAUUGAGUUUUUGGAGAAGUGGAAUGCUUCUUUUGGUGUUCAUUACAGGCAGCUUAGAUUAGGAUUUGAUUACUGCAAAAACAACCUUAGGUUGCAGUUCCCUGAUAGACAGGGAAAUGCAGCUAGGAUUCAACAGGAGAGAAGGGAAAGGGAGAUUAGAACUCAAGAAAUUUUACGCAAAAAAUUCGAAACUCUCAAGGAAAGUUUUCCCUUGAUAAAGGAAGAAAUACAAUCCACAGUGAAUGAGAUUGAGGAAUGUCUUGAUAUAGUUACUACUAAGGAGGAGCCAGUGCCACUUGUCCCCCUUGAUGAUGAAGAUUGUGAUGAUUUUCGUUCCCAUGAAAUCCUGCAGCUACGUCUUGCAUCAUUGAAAGAAGCAGAAAAGGUUCAUGAGGAUUUGGAUAACAAAGUUUUGUUUGAUGCGUUGAGGGAGCUGUACAGACUUCUGGUGACCAGGCAUUUAGUUUCUGUACAACAAUGGAUCACUGUUGUUGUUAAAGUAGAUGCAACAGAUAACAGGCUGAGAGAUUCGAUUUUGAAGGAGUUAAUCAACAUUCAAAAUAAGAUUCAGUUAAUGAAGAGGAAAUGUGAAGAACUAGUUUCUGCUUUACCAACUACUGCAAAGCAUGACCUAGAAGAGGAAGAAGAUAUCUGGGAAGAGGGAAAGAUUGAACCAAGUGAUAAUGGGUCUUCAACAACACUGAGAGACCGAUAUGAAAAUCCCUCUGUUCCAUCAACAAGUGGGUUGAAAAGCAUGACUUCUGGAUGCAGUGUUGGAGAAUCUGUUAGCAUUAAGGCCUCCAAUGAAUCAGACGAUGGAAAAAAUCCUGCGAAGACUAAGCUCUUGUUAAAAGCUCCAGUAAUGAGAUGGGGCCCUUACUUGGAUAAUUGGGGUUCAAAUAGUGGUGUCCUGGCUAAUCAGAGGGGAUUGGAUGUGGAAAGCCAUUGGGGUCGGGUAGACCAUGAUGCUGUUAUUCCAGCAGAAAAAAUUGCAGAGCUGACUGUUCAGGCAACUCUCUACGAGGAAGAGCAAGUAAAUAUCAAACCAUGCAAUGCUCCUUUAAGCAGUGGGGGCCUCUGUCAGAGAAGAGAUUUAAAAGUUUGCCCUUUCCAUGGACCCAUUAUUCCUCGUGAUAGCGCUGGUCAUCCACUUGACCAGAAUGUCUCUGCAGAUGGUAGAACUUGUGGCCUGGAGACUGAUGUAGCGAAGCAGUUGGCAAAACAAGCUGUGAAGAAUGUCAGGACUCGAGAUAGAGAAGAAAUAGAGAAGAGAAUACAUGACAAGCAAUCUUUGAAACGUGCAAAGCUAGCUAAAAUUCGAGAACACAAUGAAGCAGUUCUUCGUGAAGCUGCGUUGGCUUCCACUUCAAGAUCCGCAGCUAUUGCAGAAGACAUUGACAGUACUGAUAAACCAUCAUCCAGAAAAAAGAAAGAAACACUUGCAUCCAUGCUGCGCAAAAAAGUGACGGCGAAAGAUAGAUUGUCUGAGAGACUUCUGAAUGCCCGUACAGCAGAUGCAACAAUCAGGCAACUGAGGUCGGAUGAAGAUUCAUGUUACAGAGAGGCUUUCCCAAACCAGUGGUGAAGGAUAGGACAGGACAGGAAGUGCAUGACCUGGCUUAUGGUGGAAGAGGAUUAGUGAUUCUGUUACACGGCACUUUCUUCGUCGACAGGCACUGAAAGCAGGAACGCAACAAAAAAGCAGUUCGGAUUAAUCAGAUGUCCACUCGGCACCUUCUUCGCCUGAAUGAAGAUGAGAUAUCAUUGGCAUAAGAGAAGUAGUGUGUGUCGCUUCAUACCCAGAGGGCCAGAGAACCUGUGGCUUUGACAUGAGACUGAUUAACUAUUUUGGUCACAGUCCUGAGAUAGGAUGCUGAUCCGUUCUCUCCUUCUUAAGCGAGAAUUUCUCCGGUCCAUUUCAAUUAUGCCCUCCUGAAUUUGACCGGAACGAAUCUGUAAAAGCUGGCACAUGAUUGAAUUGUAUCGUUCGCGGUUAGUUUUGAUGGGGUAAUUUUUGGGCCCUUUUUUGUCUUUGCCGGUCUCCUUAAUCCUUAUCCUUUGAGGAGCUAUUUUGCUUUCUCGCUUCUCAUGGUUGAACUGGGAAUCUUUGUUUCCUGUUGAGCAAGUGCGUCGAAGAAUGAUUUUGUUCGGUU